AUGGCUAUUGCAAGGUUCCUGUAUGACAAUUGCAUACCUUUUAAUGUAGUCAAUUCAGUGUACUACCAAAAGAUGAUUGAUGCUGUAGCUGCUGCUGGUCCGGGCUACAAAACUCCAUCUUAUCAUGCUGUACGGGUCCCUUUGUUGAGGGAUCAAAAGAAAGAGGUGCAGUUGUUGGUUGAGUCACAACGUAGGCAUUGGGCAGAAGUUGGAUGUACACUUAUGGUUGAUGGUUGGACAGAUACUAGACAUAGGUCAUUGAUUAAUUUCCUUGUCUAUUGUCCUAGGGGAAUGGUAUUUGUAAAAUCAAUUGAUGCCUCAGAUAUUGUGAAAAGUACUAGAAACUUAUAUAAAUUGUUUGAUGAAGUAGUUACAUGGGUUGGUCCAAAAAACAUAGUUCACAUGGUUACCGACAAUGCUUCCAAUUAUGUAUCUGCUGGUAAAUUGUUGUGUGAAAAGUAUAAGACCAUUAGUUGGUCUCCUUGCGCAGCACAUUGCCUGAAUCUUGUGUUGCAGGAUAUGGGAGACAUGCCUCAUGUGGAGAGACUUAAAAAACGUGCAUCCAAAGUUACAGUUUUUAUUUAUAAUCAUGUAGCUUUGAUUGCUUGGUUGAGGAAGAGACCUGGUUGGACAGAUAUUGUACGUGUAGGAGCAACAAGAUUUGCUACUACUUUUCUUUCAUUUGGAAGUGUUCAUGUGCAUAAGCAUGACUUGCAAGCCUUAGUGACUAGCAAGUUUUUUAUGGGCAAUAGAUUGGCAAGAGAGUCAAAGGCAAAAGAAGUAGUUUCUAUCAUUUUAGAUAAUUCUUUUUGGGAUGAUAUUAAUGUUCUUGUCAAGAUCAUUUCAUUGCCGCUCAUUCGUUUGUUACGUGAAAGUUAA